GGUUAUUCAGAUCGACAUAUAAUUGCAUUGUUUCGGGAAAUUUGGUUUUAGUUUCGGUCUCGGUUUUGCAUGUAGUGGUACCUGGAUCCACUACGCUGAUGUAGUGGUGGUCCAUGUCACCCUGUUAGAAAGCCGUUUUUCUUCCACCGCCGGCUUUGGCCCAGACCCCAUUUGCCUCUUACUUCUCCUUCUCUCUUCUCUGGUGUACCUCAAUUUUCGGGUUUUAUAACUUCAUUUAUCACUUGGGAUUAAAGAUACUUAUCCCUCCCCGCAUCCUUGAGCCGUUUUCACCCCUCAACGGCCCUCGGUUCCGGACUUUUCCACCCGACCUCGCCUUUCCGCAUUCGUUCGACUUUGCGAUGCGAGCCUCGUCUAGUUGUCGAGCCGUGUAUUGUCGCUAAUUCUCUGGGGGUGGACCUUUUCUCUCACUGAUUUACUAUCGGGCGCAUUGCAUAUAUCUUAGUUGCGCGGUCGCAGAGCUUGAGAAAGCUGUGAACUGAUCAACAAUCGGCAACUGGCCCUCCAGGAGCUUUCUCCCUCGUUUUUCCUAUCGUAUCGCCCUAUCUAAUAUGCUCCCACAAUGUCCCGGCCCCGUCUGGGCCGUGGAUGACCUGUCGCGGUGCUUCCAGCGCAACACUCUGCAAGUCACCCUUCCCCUCGCAGCAUGCAUCGUAUCGCUGCUCCUUAUCGUCACGCGUCUAGCCUAUCGUUAUGUGGUCUCCAGCAAAGGCGUUGCUUACAAGGUCCUCUCAAACGAUGCCUCCGAAAAUGAGGUUCCCAAUGGCCCGGAAUCCGAAUCCGAUCCUAUGUUGUUCCAAGCGGCACAAAGUGAACUCGAACACUUGAAGCUGGAGGUGGACCGCCCUCGUGGAGAGAUCGUGGUCGUCGCGCUGGAGAUUGCCGCACUCGUCGGUCAAGUCGCACUCUAUGUGGUGAUUCUGUCGACUAGUGGUUGGGGCCGUCAUGGUACUAUGCCUGCGAUCGCCGGCCUGGUUUCCUGGGGCUAUAUUCUCUUCUUGGUUCUGGUGCGACUUUUACUGUCGACUAUGGAUAUUUCCUCCGCCCCGAGACUUUGGAAUCACACGGCGGCGUUGUACGGCCUGCAAUGGCUCUUCAACAUCAUGGUAUUCCGAUCUGCCGUCAUUCAUCCGCUAUCGAAAAACGCCCUCAUUCUCAGCAGCAUUGGAUUCGCGCUGAGCACAUUGCUUCUCUUGAUCGCGCUUACUACUCGCCGUGGCAACAAGCCCGUUCUAGUUGAGCGCGAGGACGGAUUAGAACCUCCGCGUCAUCCAAUGGCGAGUCUUCUAUCCUUGGCCACCUACUCCUGGCUGGAUCCACUUAUCAUGAAGGGCUACCGGCAACCGCUAGAUAUCAACGAUGUGUGGAACUUGACUCCUCAGCAAAAGGCGGCCGCGGUUGUGACCGAUUUUCGAAAGCGGCAGAUGAAGGGCUCUUUGGCGUGGAAGCUCAUCCGAUACUUCUUCGGGACCAUCUUGAAGCAAGGCCUCUGGACAAUUUUCGCCAAUCUCUUCGUCUUCGUUCCUAGUCUACUUCUGAAAGCAAUUCUCGAAUAUGUCGAAGACCCUCGCUCGACAACCCCCAAUGCGGCUUGGCUAUAUGCGAUUCUCCUAUUCUGCUCUGCCAUUGUUCAAGGUGUGGCAGAUGGUCAGGCGCUCUACAUCGGUCGUAAGAUGGGUGUCAAGAUCCGUGCUAUCAUCAUUGGUGAGAUUUACGCCAAAGCCCUCCGGCGCAAGGCUGGUGCGUCCACGGACGUUGCCCGUAAAGCACUCGAGGAGCACGAGGCACCCAAGGACACCAAGAAGAAGAAGAACCGGAUCUUCUCGUUCGGUCAGAAGAAGAAGUCUGCUGAUGAGAACGAUGCCGAGAAUGGUGCCAAGCCCGAGUCUAAAGUGGAGGAAGCCGCUUCGCAGGCUAACGUUGGUACCAUUAUCAACUUGAUGGCCAUUGACUCUUUCAAGGUCAGCGAAGUUGGUGCUUACCUCCAUUUCCUGUGGGCCAGUGUGCCGGUGCAGAUUGGAAUGGCCAUUUUUCUCUUAUACAAGAUCAUGGGCUAUAGCUCGUUUGCUGGUAUCGUGCUGAUGGCUUUGAUGCUUCCAGUGAAUCUCUUCAUUGCCCGACAAUUCAACCGCGUUCAAAACCAGAUCCUCAAGGGCACCGAUGCGCGUAUCCAUGCCACCAAUGAAGUGCUCCAGAAUAUCCGGAUCAUCAAGUAUUUUGCUUGGGAACAGCGUUUCCAGGAUAUUGUCAAUGACAAGCGCCGGGCCGAAUUGAAGUCGUUGCGACGUCGCUACAUCCUGUGGUCUUGUGCUGCUACGGUCUGGUAUGGCACUCCCAUCUUGAUUACUUUCCUCUCGUUCUUCCUAUACACAGUUGUCGAGAAAAAGCAAUUGGUUCCUUCGAUUGCCUUCCCCGCCUUGUCCAUGUUCUCGCUGCUGCGUGUCCCCUUGGAUCAAUUGGCGGAUAUGGUGGCCCACGUUCAGGAGUCCAAGGUCUCCCUCGAUCGUGUGGACGAAUACCUCAACGAGGAGGAGACUGAGAAAUACGAUCAACUACGUGAUAGUCUCCUGGAUGGCCCAACUCAGAUCGGACUGGAAAAGGCGACCCUCACUUGGGGAACCUCCAAGCCUAACCCCAAACAAUCCUCUUCAUCUCCUGAAAAUGGUGCCGACGCCUUCCGCUUGAUUAAUGUGGACGUCAAUUUCCCGCUUGGUCGUCUAAGCAUCAUCGCCGGACCCACCGGCUCUGGCAAGACGUCCCUGCUCAUGGCAUUGCUUGGCGAAAUGAGACUCAUUCAGGGUCGCGUCCAUCUGCCUGGUGGCAUGGCAAAUCGUGCUGACCUUCCGGUUGACCCCGAAACUGGCCUGAUUGACAGCAUCGCCUACUGCGCCCAAGAAGCAUGGUUAGUGAACGACACCGUGAAGGAGAACAUUAUUUUCGCUUCCCCACCCGACGAGAAGCGCUACCGCGCAGUUCUGAAAGCGUGUGCCUUGGAACGUGAUAUUGCUAUUCUUGAUGCCGGUGACCAAACUCUGGUUGGCGAAAAGGGAAUCAGUCUGUCGGGUGGACAGAAGCAGAGAAUCUCUCUUGCCCGAGCCAUCUACAGCAGUGCCCGCCACUUGCUGCUGGAUGACUGUCUCUCCGCUGUCGACUCUCAUACUGCUAAGCACAUCUUCCGCCAGGCCCUGACCGGCCCCUUGAUGAUCAAUCGUACUUGCAUUUUAGUGACCCACAACGUUUCUCUCACCGUUCCCCAGGCUGAGCAUGUGGUUGUCCUUGAUAAUGGAAAGAUCAGCGCCCAGGGCAAACCUGAUGACGUUGCUGCUACCGGCGCCCUUGGUGAUGAGUUCUUGAAGUCUCGGCCAGCCUCGCGUGCUAGCUCACGCGGCUUAUCUCGUGUUCCAUCAGAUGUCGACCUCGAAGACGAAACCACUGCUGCAAUCGGGUCAACUAACGGCACGGCGGACAAGUCUCAAAAGGACGGACAGACCGUAUUGAAGGAAUCAAUGGCUACUGGUAGUGUCAAGUGGUCAACAGUUACUAUGUAUCUGGGUUCAAUGGGAUCAUGGUACUAUUGGGUUAUGGCUGUUGUGGUAUUCUGUCUACAGCAGCUGGGCUCGGUUUCAACUAAUCUCUGGAUCCGACAAUGGGCGAAUGCCUACCAAACUUCUAGCGUGGGAUCCAAAGAUGAUGCCGGUACUUACGCUGCUGUUGCUCACCUUAAGCCUCCAACUUUCAAUGUCGGCAGUGUUUCCAAAAUGAGCACAUAUGUACCCCCACAACUAUCAUCUAGCAUCGGCCCCACCACCCCUGAUGGCGAUGUCAAUGUGAUGUUCUACUUGGUAGUGUAUGCUCUGUUGGGUAUUGGUUACAUCUUGAUCUCUUUGAGUCGCGAAGCUGUACUGUUCUGGGGUUCUCUCCACGCAUCAUGGAAGAUCCAUGACCGUCUUCUCAAGACUGUCAUGCAUGCCAAGUUCCGUUUCUUUGACUCUACACCACUUGGCCAGCUCAUGAAUCGAUUCUCCAAGGACGUUGAGGCGGUUGACCAGGAAGUUGCACCUGUGGCAAUAGGUAUGCUGCACAGUCUUGCUUCGGUCAUCAUGAUUGUCAUCCUGAUUUCUAUCAUCACUCCGGGAUUUUUGAUUGCGGGCAUAUUCAUCACUUUGGUGUACACUGCAUUGGGUGCCAUCUACUUGAACUCUUCCCGUGACCUCAAGCGUUUGGAGUCUGUGCAGCGGAGCCCCCUGUACCAACAAUUUGGCGAGACUUUGAAUGGUAUUGUCACCAUUCGUGCUUACGGUGACGGCCCUCGGUUCAUUAUCGACAAUCACCGCCGCAUCAAUGCCUACAACCGACCUCACAUCUAUCUCUGGGCUGCCAAUCGCUGGCUUGCCCUUCGAGUUGACUGGACUGGUGCUCUGGUCUCGUUCUUCGCCGCGACCUUUGUCCUGAUCAACGUCGGCAAUAUCGAUGCCGGUGCCGCUGGUCUUUCUCUGACUUACGCCGUCACCUUCACUGAGAACGUGCUGUGGCUUGUUCGCCUCUACUCGGAGGUUCAGCAAAACAUGAACUCGGUCGAGCGAGUACGAGAGUAUCUAGAGGUUGACCAAGAAGCCGCUCCCGUUAUCCCGGAGUCUCGUCCGGCAAAGGGAUGGCCGGUUGAAGGUGCUGUGGAGUUCUCUGGCUACAGUACCCGUUACCGCCCUGAUCUGGAUGCGGUGCUUAAGGAGGUCUCUUUCUCUGUCAAGGCCGGUGAGAAGGUCGGCAUCGUUGGUCGCACAGGUGCUGGUAAAAGUUCACUCGCCCUUGCUCUCUUCCGCGGAUUGGAGGCUGAGAAGGGUAAGAUCCUCAUCGACGGUGUCGAUAUUGGUGCAAUUGGUCUGCGUGAUCUCCGUGAAGCCAUCACAAUCGUACCUCAAGACCCCACUUUGUUCACAGGAACCAUUCGCAGCAAUCUCGAUCCGUUCGGUCUGUUCACCGACGAGGAGAUCUUCACUGCGCUCCGCCGCGUGCAUCUGAUCGGUUCUCCGUCAGGAUCUACAACUCCACUGACCGGAACCACGUUCAACGCAACCGAAGGCAAUGGUGUUGUCGAUGCUGGUGCCAACGGCAGCGCCGUGACAGUCGUCGACAAUAAGAAUGUCUUCCACAACUUGGAAAGCUUGGUCUCGGAGUCUGGAUCUAACUUGUCUCAAGGCCAGCGACAGCUGCUGUGUCUUGCCCGCGCACUCCUCAAGAAACCGCGCGUUCUCAUGAUGGAUGAAGCCACCGCAUCCAUCGACUAUGCCACCGACGCAAAGAUCCAGGAGACUCUUCGUGAACUCCACGAUAGCACAAUCAUCACCAUUGCCCAUCGUCUGCAGACUAUUAUCGACUACGAUAAGGUUUUGGUUCUUGAUCAUGGUAAAGUGAUCGAGUACGACCACCCCUGGACCUUGAUCAACAGUGAGGAUGGCCUAUUCCGCGGCAUGUGUGAGAACAGCGGGAAUAUGGACGUGCUUCUCGAUGGUGCGAAGCGUGCCUGGGUCCAAAAGCGCCUGGUCGAUGACUCCUAA